AUGGCGACCUCACUCGUCGUUCCCCUCGCCUAUAUCUCGGUGAUGAUAACGGCUUUGGCUAUAUUCUCGAGGGUUUACAGAAAACGACGAGCAGCCGAGAAAACAUCCUUCGAACCAUGGUUCCCCCACCACCCGUCUCGCGAAGUAUAUAUCUCCCUUCUCUCCUCCUCUCAGGACAUACCGGAUUCCCUACUCAAGUCAGCUUUACUCGUACGAGCCAUCACGGAUGUCAAGCGAAUAUGGAGAUUGAGGGAUGACAAGACCGCUUUGACGCAAUUGCACCAACGAGGUCUGAUAGGUGACGAUACGAUGUCGAGGUUCAACGCAGCUGAGAAGGAGCUAGAAGCUGAGAUCGUAGAUGUGGUCUCAGAGGCUAAUACGUUCAGACAAGGUUGGGGUCAGAUGAUCUUUGCUACUGCCACUGAGAUGGCUCAGGCUGAGAAGACUAGAGAGACGGUGAUGAAUAUCCCGAAGAUCAAGGCUGUGGAGGAAAAACGCAUAGCUCUCCGAAACAAGUACCUUCCCGGAUCAGUCCCAGCACCACUCAUUCAACAGGUCUCUGCGACCCAAGCCCAGGCUAUGGCUCAAGCGGCAGCAGCUGGAUCAGGUAGUAACACCUCCUCACCGUCAACGACCAACGCCAGCGGUAAAGUCGCUACGCCUCAUAACGUCCCUUCUCCUUCUUUAGUUUCCGAGGAAACGGUAGGCGGAGUAGCCAGUACCGACUCGUCUAAGAAUGGCUCGCCAGCGUUGGGCAGUGGUAGCGGUAGUGGAGGGAACAGUAAUGCCAGCACACCUUCCAAAUCUACGCCUGGAAAGAAGAAGAAGAAUAAGAAGUAA